UUUGGCUGUCGGAUGUGCUUUGAUACGUUGUCAUUUUGACAGGUAAAACUUAUAAUCUCAACAGUGGUUAAAAUGAACCUGAUUCCAAGAAUAAUGUGUUGGCUGUGGCCACUGAUCGUAUCGUCGCAGACGGAAAUACCAAACAAUUACAUUUGUACGGAAGAUUUUUGCGAUAAUUGGCUUGAAAACAAUGAGUGCGAAGGGUUGAAAACGGCAUGUAAGGCACAGAACGCGACACACAACGGAAUCAUAUUUCCCUCGGCAACCCCAUGUUCGUGUUGCCAAAUGUGCAUCGAAAAUCUAAAACUAGGGGACGAUUGCUCCAUGGGAGGAUUGGGGUCACCUAUACCCACCGGUAUGUGCGGACCAGGACUGUACUGCAUGGUGGCCGAGGGCGAAGAACAUCCAACCUGUCAGCGAAUGCACGAAUCGAGCAAAUGCUUCACAGCUCAACGAGUGUUUGAUAAAAUGCGGGAAAACGGAACCAUCGGACAUUUGAUGCAGAGGCCGGAGUGUGAUGCGGAUGGAAACUUCGAACCGGUUGUUUGUAUUCCUGGGCAGACGUGUUAUUGUGUCGAUGAGGACGGAGCCCGAAUAUUCGGGGAAGCAGUUUAUACAGCCAAUAUUCAGAUUUCGAUGAGAUGUGAAUGCUCUCGGUUGGCCGCGAAAGCACAAAAGCUAUUGAAUUCUCGAUACCCUAUCUUCACAACACGAUGCGACUCCAAGGGAUCGUUCGAUCAGUUGCAGUGCGUUGCAGAUAUUUGUACAUGUGUCGAUAUGCACAGUGGGGAGCCGACAUCCGAUAGGAAAAAUAUCACCCGAGGGCUGGCUGGUCUUCCCUGUUUUAACAAACGAGUGCAUGAAAAUACGACCUAUCUGCGGGAAUGCGAAUUGGUAAAGUUGUUCCAGAUUCAAGAGAUUCAUGAAUACGAGCUGCAGGGAUUCAACGUUCUCGAGUUCAGCACGGAUAUUUGUCAGCCGGAUGGAUGGUACAGCAAAAUUCAAGUCAACAAUACCCACAAAUAUUGCACGAAUAAGGAAGGAAGCAUCAUUGAACCUUUUGUAAUUGCAAGAAACUCACCUGGAGCUGCGAAAAUGAAUUGCAAUUGUGCAAGGGCUAGGAAGCUGCUCUUGGAGAACCAUAGUCUUGAGGUACCGGAAUGUUGUCCGAAUGGCAACUACAAACCAUUGGCAUGCCGAAGGGGUCAGUGUUACUGUGUGGACGAAAAUGGCAAUCAGGUCGGGGUGGAAAAAGCGGCCAAGCAUAUGGACGAGUUGGAAUGCCACAAUGCCGAGAAUGUUUGCGCUAAUGCGUAAAUAUAGCGAGUGUUUUUUAACUAUGUUUUACAUUCCUCAGUUUAAAAUACAAUGACGCGAAAAGUGACCCGAAGGUCAAUUGUAGUGUAUGUCAUAUAACCUAAAUAAUAA